UUAGCCACCUCUUCUUGGCAGAUUGCAACUGGAGAUUAGCAGAAGCUGCAAGCGCAAUUGAUUGUGGUGAUUGCUUCAAAUCAUUGAGCAUGUCGUCCCUAAGGAAUGCUAUUAGCAGGCGGGCUCACAAGGAACGAGCUCAACCGGAAUCGAGGAAAAAAUUUGGGCUUCUUGAAAAGCACAAGGACUAUGUUGAGCGUGCAAAAGCAUAUCACAAGAAGGAGGAGACUUUACGGAGACUGAAGGGGAAAGCGGCCUUUAGAAACCCAGAUGAGUUCUACUUCAAGAUGAUCAAGACUCGAACUGUUGAUGGAGUCCAUAAAUUAGAGAAUCAGGCAAACAAGUACACUCCAGAAGAGCUCUUACUUAUGAAGACCCAAGAUAUUGGAUACAUACUUCAGAAAGUUCAGAGUGAGAAAAAGAAAAUUGAAAAGUUGACUGCGACACUCCACUCUCUUGAUAAUUGGCCUUCAAGUAAACAUGUUUACUUUGCUGAAGACAGGGAGGAGGCUAAAGAAAUUCAAUCACGUUCAAAAAGUGGAACUAUGCCUGCUUCUGAGGACAUUCCUGAUCAUAUAAAAAGGAAAACAGCUUCUUCCUACAGAGAGCUAGAAGCAAGGAGGAAUAGAGUCAAUGAGUUGGAGAAAAUCUAUACGGAUAUGGCAAUGCAGAAGGAAUUACAGAAAAAGGGUAAACUACGGGAAGAUGAGGUUGUCUGCCCAACAUCCAAACCUGUAUUCAAGUGGCAGGCUGAGCGUAAGCGUUGAAUAGGUAGUUGUUGAUCAAUGAUUAGUUUCUUUUUGUGUCUAGGUCUUUUUGCUUAUUUCUCAGCUUAAAAGUGUGUACUUCUUGGUGCCAUGACAAUACUAAACAAGCAGCCAUAGUAACUUGUAUUUCAAUUCAAAAUAAUUCCAUUUCAAUAUCAUUUA